GUCGGGUCUAGAAGAAAUUAGUAAUUCUUAAAAAACAACGAGACAGAGAGACAAAUAAACAACUAUCUUUUUUUUUUCCUUUUUUUUUUCCUCCCCAUCGAUUUCUUCAAAUUCUCAUCUUCAAGCUUCGCUUCAUCAUCAUCAUCAUUCUUCUUCCAAUUCUCCCUUUCACCACACUUCGUCUUGUUCAAGCUUCAAUUUCUUUUUAUUCUGAGGUUAUAGCUUCUAUAAUUGAUUCUUGAGCUCGCUUAGAUUGAAUCGGAACUUGAUCGCUACUGUCAAAAUUGAAUCAUUGUUUCUACCAAACUGCGAGUCCCCGUUUACGACCUCGAUACCUCCGUCAACCGUUGCAGCCAGCGUCGGAGACGGUGUCGUAUUCUGAAGGUGAGGAAUGAGGCAGUCGCCGGUGUUCGGAGACGAUUACGGCCAUGGAACUCACAUCCAGUCCUCUUCGUCGGCUUCGCUCUUCCCUUCUUCUUCUCGUAGAGAUGUUUAUUACAGUUGUGGAGCUUGUGGAUUCGAACUGAACUUGAGCUCUGUUAACCGCAACACAUCAACCAUUGGCUCUAAAUAUGAUAAAUCGAUUAAGCGAGGGAUCAUAUCAUUUCUAAACAUCGAUGAAAGCAGAUUUACACAGGUUGAUGAACUUCAAUGUGUGCCUCAUUUCUCAAAGAACUCUUGGGGUUUGUUUCGCCGAAGAAUCAAACUACUGUGUCGGAAGUGUGGAAACCAUAUUGGAAAUGCUCGCAGUAGCAAUACUUCCUCCAGCCCACUUGUUUCAGAUGGAUCAGAUUCAUCCUUGCCCAAUGAAGUCUCUAGGUGCAUGAAAUAUGAAGUAAAAAUUCGUGCUUUACAGCCUUCAUCUUCCAAUGAAUUUGGUACCACAGUUAUGUAAACAAGGAUAAGGGUUUGUCUAUUGAAUGGUUCUUUGGAGCUAAAAGAAUUGCUUAGCAGCAACAAAUGCAGGAUUCUUGAAUCUGUUUGCUGUAUUUUACAUGUGAAUAGAAUCGGGUCUCAAAUGGAAGGGAAGUGUAAUUGAAAAGGAUUCACUGUUAUUGUUAUCGCAAACUGAAAGUAUGAUUUAUACAACUGAAUUGUUUCGAAGCUA